AUGCUACACACCCUCGUGUUCGCCCUCUUGUGCCUGCCGUCCGCGGCACUCCGCUCGGCGCAACCUCAUUUGCGUCCGCAGCCGCGCUUCCAGCGCUCACGUUGUGCACAAGUUGUGCAAAGCGGUGGGGGUGAAAACAGCGGGGUCAGCGGUGGCGCGCUCGCCGAUUUCGACUGCGCCAGCCCCUCCACUCUUCCGACCAGCGCGCGUCUCGACGCCACGGUCGGGGUGUCCUCCGAACGAAGCGUGUCGCUCUCGCUCCUCGGGGGAGAGCAGCUCGGCGCAAGCUCGGGCGACGAUCCGUUCGGCGAGGCGGGCUCCGUCAAAGAGCUGAUCGUCAGUCUGCCCGCGCCCGAGUCCCCGCUCCUCCGGGACGGCCACGCCGCCACCGCCCCCGUCACCGAGCUGAUCGUCAGCCUGCCCGCGCCCGAGACCUACCUCCCUUCCCCCGCUCCCGCCGCCGAGAGCGAGGCGGAGGAGGCGGGGGAGGCAGCGGCCACCGUCCCAACGCUGCGGGGCAUCCUCAUGUUUGCCCUCCCCACCCUCGCCAUGAUGCUCUCCUCGCCCCUCCUCUCCCUCAUCGACACGUCGGUCGUGGGGCUCGCGUCGAGCACCAGUCAGCUCGCCGCCCUCGGGCCGGCGACCAAGGCGUGCGACCACCUCGAGUACCUCUGCUCGGCGCUGGGCGUCGCCACCACCGCACUCGGCGCGCGCACCGUCGCCGAGGGCCGCCCCGACGGCAUGCGGCGCGUGGUGGGCACCUCCCUCACCUCGGCCGUCGCGCUGGGGCUCGCGCUCGCCGCGGCGCUGCGCCUCGUCGCCGCGCCGCUGAUGCGGCUGAUGAUGGCGGGCGGGGCGGCCAACGGGGCCGCCUUUGGGGGCGCCGUUCAGUACACCCUCAUCCGCGCCGUCGGCCUCCCCGCCGCCCUCGUUGCGAUGGUGCUGCAGGCCGGCUUCAUCGCGAACAAGGACGCAAACUCGUCGCUCCUCGCCGUCCCGUUCGCCGCCGUCGCAAACAUCGUCCUCGACUGCGCGCUCGUGGGGCCGCUCAACCUGGGCGCGGCGGGCGCGGCGUGGGGCACCGUCGCCUCGCAGCUCGACGGGGUGCUCCCGGAACCAGAGGCGGAGGAGCCGGUGCUGCGGCGGCAGCUGCGUGCGCCCCUCCGCGCGCUCGGCGGCGUUCGGCGGCUGCUCGUCCUCCCCAAGCGCGCGGAGCUCGCCUCCCUCGCCGCGCUGGUCGCCCCGAUGUCGCUCGCGCUCUCGGCCCGCUCGGCCAUGUCGCUCUCCAUCACGGCGAGCGUCGCCUGCCUCGGCACCGUGGCGCUCGCGGCGCACCAGGUCUUCGAGUGCCUCUACUGGCUCUUCUGCCCCUUUGGCGACGCGCUCGGCGUCUGCUCCCAAGCCUACCUGCCCGAGCUGCUCGGCACCAAGGAGAGGCUCGCACGCACCCUCCAGUCGCGCGUCGCGCUCGCGUCCGCCUCGCUCGGCGUCGGGAUCGGCGCGCUCAGCUUGUGGGUGUCGCGCGCCGCGCCGCACCUCUUCACGCGCCACGCCGCCGUCCACGCCGCCAUGAGCGCCCCCGCCGCGUGGCUCGGCGCGAGCAUGGCAGCCUACAUUGUCUCUGGCGCGCUCGAGGGGUCCCUCAUCGCGCGGCGCUGCCUGCGGCCGCUCGCCGCCUCGCAUGUGGGCAACACGGCCUUCGCGCUCGGCGCGCUCGUCUGCGCCGUCCGCCGGCCCGGCUUCUCGCUCGCCGCCGUCUGGAGGAUCGUCACGGCGGUCAACGUGAUGCGCUGCGUCGAGUUCUCAGCGCUGCUCGUCGUCGCGACGAGAAGAGCACACUCGAGAUACACAAACGCGACCGGAGAAAAUGUCAGUGACAGCGAGAGCUCAGCGGAACGCGAUUACAGUUCGGGACUGCUCUUGUGA